AUGGUUGUCUCACUUGCGAGGGAUGACGUAUUCGAUGAUGAUAGAUUAUACAAUCUCCUCACUUCUACUGCUCUCCCACCAAGAGAAUCCGCUUUCCGUUUAUGUAUUCUCAUCCCAAAAUCAGAGCGUGAUCCUCUCCUCACCCGUCGAUUACUCACAUUCGCACUCGGUCCACCAAAUGCACAUGACUCAAUCCCACAAGCAGGGUUUCGUCUUCUCGCAGAUAAGCGGCUCAACAUCUCUCAAUCAGAGUUUGACGCCCUCCUCUCAAGGCUAGAGGAUGCGCAGUACUGGCCUGUCUUGUUCCUCAAAGCACUGCACGCCUAUGCUCACUGGCUACAUCUUCGCGCUCUCCCAUCGUCACCGCACGAGCACGAACGCCGUUCCCAGAUGGCCAAGCUGAGGGAAGAAUGUCUCUCCGCCAUCGACAGAGGGUGGGAGAAAGGUGUAGCCCUAUGCGCAAACUUCGCAGGGGACUUGUACGCUCAGGGCGGGCUAGUCCCACGUUCGGGACAGCAAGCAAAGACCUGGUGGGAGCGUGCAGAAAAACUCGGCUCUGUCCACGCGCUCAAGAAACUCACUCACCAUCUCGGUUUUCAGCGAGGACCCGCCCGCCUCCUCCCGCUCGACAUCCCCUCCUCUCUCCUGUACGCCCAGCGGGGCGCCCCCUUCUCCUCCUUCUGCGCCUACAGAGCAGCACUGUACUUCUACCGCCCGGUCGGCAGAACCCGGGGGCAGCAUUUCUCCCGCGUAGGGGUAGAGGCAGACGACGGCGCUGCGGGGAAGUACCUGCUGUACGGGGCGAGGAGGGGGCAUGUGAGGUGCCGGCUUGCACUGGCGAGGCUGCUGCUGGAACAGAGGGUAGGGGUGGAGGACGUCCUCCGCUGGGAGGGGGAGAGGCUGCAUGCCCUCGGGAGGGAGGUGGACUGGGAUGGCCAGCCUUGGAUAGGGGAGGAUCUGUGUUCCGAAGAGAUGCUCUCCCUUGAAGAAGCCGCUUUCCCCCCUUCCGCCUCCCCUUCCGACCCCGCUGAUCCGGAACUGGGACCGCUAGACCCAGCAACCCUCCAUGCCGCAGGGAUAAAACAAGCCUCGUGUUCCUUCCUCCACCCUCUGCCGGACGGCACCCAGGAGAGGAGAACGCAGUUUGUGCAUAUCGGACAGGUGGGGGAUAAGGCGGAUGCGAGGGUGUUGAGGAGGUGGAGGAGGAGGGCGAGGAGGGAGGAGGGGGUGAGUGUGCGGGUUAGGAGGCUGCCGACUGGGGAGGAGGGGGAGGAGCUGGAGCUGGGGAUGGGGAUGGGGUUGGGGUUGGACGAGCUGGGGGAAGGGGAAGGGUGGGAACAACAAAUGAGGCAAAAGAUCUUACAGGAGGAGGGAGGAGGAGAGUGGGGAAAAGAACUUGGUUUGAGCGAGGGGUUCGACGUCCCUCUGCAUCUGCUUCGUCCGCGCUCGGCGAUUGCGCCUUCGCCCUCGCCUUUCCCUUCCUCUGCCCCUCCCGAGCCCACCUCAGCCAACUUCCUGCCCUCAACCUCAACCUCCUCCGUCGUACCAGCUUCACCCUCAACAUCAGCAUUAGCACCAGCAGCAGUCCCAGCCUUAUCGCCCAUGCUCGUCCUAUCCCCUCCCAGCCCACUCACCCCAGAAGAAAAACAGUCCCUCGCCCGAGUUCAAGUGCAAGCCCGGCUUCGCUCGCUCCAGCUCGUAGGUUCGCUCAUAGACGGGAUCCCUAUCUCCGACCCCUCUGACCCCUCCGACCCCUCCGCCACUUUCCCCGUGCACCUCUCGUCUUCCUCCUCGGGGUGGAGCAAAUCCAAACAAGAGGUGAUGCGGGAAGCUACUGGCCUGCACGAGGAAUGGAGGGAGCAAGAAGAGAAGGCGAGGACGUUGUUGUGCGACGAGCGGGCGUUGGCAGGUUGGAGGAAGGCUAGGGAGAAGAGUGGUGAGUCUUACUUGCUUGCUAGGAUUUUUGCCUCUCGUGUUUUGCUUCUCGCUCGACGUUGCUUCCUGGGACGGACUCCUCCCUCCCCGCUGCCAUCCCUCCCCUCUUACCUUCGUCGCAUUCCACGCGUUCUAACCCCUCUUCCCCCCGCAGACCGUCGCGCCCUUCGCAAAGCCCAAGAAGCCCAAGCCCAAGCGCAGGACCCGAUGCGCAAAUGGAGGCUUCCUACCCCUCUUCCCUCCCCUGCCCAUACCUCGGGGAGCAGGAAGCGGCCGGACAUGGAGGUUCAGGCGCUGUUUGGCGUUUUGGGGGAGGCAUGCACGGGGGAGGCAGGUGAGGAUCCGGAGCUGGGGGAUCUGAGUGAGGAAGUUGGGCCUAAGAGCCCGGGGCUGGGGACAGGGAAAGGGAAAGGGAAAGCCAAAGGGAGAGUGAGGUGGGCGGAAGAGGAAGACGUCUUUGCUCGGGUUAUAGGACUUGGGUCUGAAGAGGUACACAGAGGGGGUUAG